AUGUAUAUUGACAAAUGUGGUUUCGCCAACCAUCUUAUUUUAUUGACCAUGGAUAUGGACCCCUAUGAGGUUUUGGGAGUUCAAAAAAAUGCGAAGAACGAAGAGAUUCGACGAGCAUAUCGUAAAAAGGCACUACAGUUUCACCCAGACCGAAUCCGGGAUGAAGAGAAGAAGAAAUCUGCGAGAACAGAAUUCGAUAAAGUAGCACUUGCUUAUGGCGUGUUAAAUGAUGAAAAGAAACGAAAACACUUUGAUACUACAGGCUCUAUAAAUUUGAGUGAGGACGGUUUGGAAUUUGAUUGGAAGGAAUGGCUUGAUGAAAUGUAUAGCGGCGUCGUAUCUGGAGAUGCAUUGACCGAGUUCAAAGCAUCCUAUCAAAACUCAGAAGAAGAAAAGAAAGACGUUUUGGAGGCUUAUAAACGCCGGAAAGGAUCGAUGGACGGCAUUUUGGAGGAGGUUAUGUGUAGCGAAAUAAGCGAUGAAGAACGCUUUAGAAGCAUGAUUGACGAAGCAAUUUCCCAAGGAAUCGUUCCUAAAUAUAAACGCUACAAGCCGAAUGAAAAAGCUCGCAAGAAGCGCGUUCGUGCAUCUGAGAAGGAGGCUCAAGAAGCUGAAGAGUUGGCAAAAGAACUGGGACUUGAUGAGAAACUCAAUAAGCGUAAAAAGACCGACGAAAGCGGCGAAGAGGCUUUAGGAGCUCUCAUUCGUUCUCGACAGAAGAAUCGGAUGGACGACAUGAUAACCGCAUUGGAAAACAAAUAUGGAGAACCGAAAUCACAGUCCAAGUCGAAAUCCAAAUCCAAAAAGGUCGAGAAGGAAAAGUAA